AUGCAGGCGGUGGUACGGCGAUCGGUUCCAGAAAUAUCUGCUAAGCUUUACGAAAUGGCAAACUUUUUCGGUAACAAUUUAGAACGGGUAAUUAGCCAUGGAAAACAUCUCGAUUUCAUUCGCACGGAAGAGGCGGAGAGGAAGCCGGAAGGAGAAGAAGGGAACUCCGCGCAGAGUCAGGAUGAUCGACGAGCGUUGAUAAGACCGGUGAAUGCUAUCCUUUCGGCGAAAGUUCCGGCUAAUCGAUAUAAGCCUUACGAGACAAAGUGGAGUAAAAUGCGAGAUACUGGAUCUCGAGUACAGAAGAAUGAGGAAAGGCGUGAAGGAAUGCGACUCUGUACGAAGUGCGGACGUACGCACGGUUGGGGCCAAUGCAAAGCAUUUCGCGCGAAAUGUUUCUCUUGCGGAAGAACCGGCCAUUUUGCCGAAUUUUGCUUUGCAGCAAAAAGGAACCAUAAUACAAUGGGAAUGAAACAAGAAGCCGAGCGUGUCAACCAGCUGAUAACUGGCAAGGCAACGUCAUCUGGGGUGAUAAGUGAUCCGCGUAUCGUGAAUUGUGUUAUAGGAUCGGUGGAGUUUAAAUUCUUGGUGGAUUCGGGGGCGACAGUGAAUACGGUAACUAAGAAAGGUUGGGAGAGGAUCAAGGAAGAAUGUAGUACGGUAAUUCAAGACAUUACAUUGCACCCAGAAGAAAUUUUGAAAGGAUAUGCUACUCAUCGACCGUUAGAAGUGAUAUGUUCAUUUCGGGCUUAUGUGGGGGUGAAGGAUGCUGGACAGGACAGGCAAUUGGCCAAGUUUUUUGUAGUGAACGGUACAGAGAUUUCACUUCUCGGUUUUCAAACGGCAAGUCAGUUAAAAUUAUUAAGGAUAGGGCUAGGGCUGCUAAAGAAGGAGAUAAAUUGUGCCGAAUUAGUUGGGAGAAAAACGAGCAUCGACAACAGUGAAUCGGGGCCAGGUGCGGCUGAUCAGUGGGUCAAAUUUCCGAAAAUCGGUGGGGAGCCGGUAAAAUUCCGAAUAGACACAUCAGUGAUACCAAAGCGCAUAAUUAGAUAUAACGUCCCGAUUGCGUUCGAGAAAGCAGUUAAUGAAAGACUUGAAGAUAUGGAAAGAAGGCAGAUUAUAGAAAGGGCUGAUAGGAGAGGUAGCACGAUAUCAUUUGUAUCACCAAUGGUGCUAGUUCCGAAGGGUCAGAAGGAUUUCAGAAUGGUUAUAGAUUAUCGGGAGGUGAACAAGGCAAUAGUUCGUGAGCCCUAUCCAAUGCCGUCGCUUGAGAAAGUGUGGGCUGACAUACCUCAUAAUGGAGGAAAAUUAUUUUUUACGAAACUAGACUUAAAGGAUGCAUAUUUUCAUAUAGAACUUCACGAAGAGGUGCGCCAUUUAACCACUUUUAUGACGGCUAACGGUUUGAUGCGAUUCACGAGGUUGCCUUUUGGGUUGUCGUGUGCACCUGAGUUGUUUCAGAGUGUUAUGGAGAAGUUAUUUGCAGAUUGUAAGAAUUUAGUGGUAUACAUGGAUGAUGUUCUAGUUUAUGGGCGAUCUUUAGAGGAGUUAGAGAAAUUAGUGAAGGAAGUAAAAAGAGUGAUUGAGAUAAAUCACCUAACGAUUAAUGAAGAAAAAUCGUUAUAUAAUCAGGAGAAAGUUGAUUUUUUGGGUUUCACAAUCGACGGACGAGGUAUUCUCCCCACCAAAGAGAAGAUUUCAGACAUAUUAAAGUUCGAUAGACCAAAAGACGUGUCCGAGGUGCGGAGUUUUUUGGGCAUGAUAACAUUUAUAAGCCCAUUCAUAAAAGGAUUUUCGCAUAAGACUAAACCCUUACGGGAUUUGUUAUCGAAAAAAGCAAAAUUCGAAUGGAAAAAAGAACAACAGGAUGCGUUUGAGGAGCUAAAAAUUGCAACAGAAAAUGAUUUGAUUAAGAGAGGAUAUUUCGAUGCAAAAGACAAAACCAUUCUGUACACUGAUGCGUCACCCUGGGGGUUAGGCGCUGUUUUAGCACAAGAAGGUUAUUAG